GAGAGCGAAAAGCGCCUACCGGUAUUUUCUGGGGGUAUUUGGAGCGAAUGAACGCAGACUCCUCUUUCCUGGCAGCUGUUAGGAAGUUAGAAUAAUUACGCUUGAGCCAUUUCUAGAGAGAUUUAGAUAAAACAACAGAGGAACACUUACCAAACGUUUUUCGGUGUUUGAAGCGAUGAGCUCCGUAAGUCCGGUGCACAACAGCCAUUCCCCGGCCGGCACCUCUUGUUCCUUCCGAGAUGAAGUGUUUCAGUUGGCGGUGGAUGCAGGAACGGUUUGACUUUGAGCCCGAUCACUCACACCUCUCAGGAGUUGCAAGAUGCUGAACAGGAGGCGCCGGUCCGUGCCUGCACCUUCGGCCGCCUUUGACCGCUGCCGGGCUGGGGAGAGGCUGCAGGCGGCGCUAGCCGGGUUGCAGGAGCUGGAACUGUUGAAGGAGAGGCAGAGGGAGCUGGUAAAAGGGGCGCUGGAGACCGAGAGCCCUACAGCCAAGCUGGCCAACAGGCAGAGCUGCACCGAGGAGGCCAGGCUGGAAGCGACCCUGUGCUCUCUAAAGGAGCAACUGUCACAUUUAAGGAAGCGAGAUGCGGGGCUGAAAAUUCAUCUGCAACAAUUGGACCAUCAGAUCAGUGAGCUCAAGCUCGAUGUGAACAAGGCUUCCCCUGAGCAACCAGAGAGUGACAGCAGGCCAAGUUCCGGGUUUUACGAACUCAGUGAUGGAGGGUCCUGCUCCCUGUCCACCUCCUGCACUUCCAUGUCCAGUGAGCGUACCUCACCGUCGCUGGGCAGCCUGUGGUACUGCAGCCGCCCAGCCGAGACAAGGGCCCUGAGGUCAGAGGUACGGCCUCGCUCGGCCGAUGAGCUCACCGUGCAGUCGACAGCCUUCAAACAGCAAGGUCCUGGCAAAAGGCCGGGGGGAGGCAUUCGAACAAGUGCCGAGCUGCUUCCCGGCUUCCACCUUGCCAGGCUCGGGGUCCCUCGGCAGAGACCAGUCUCUACAGGGGACCUGGAGAGGUUGGCACCAUGGCAUGUAACAUCUGCAGGCAUCUCAGACUGGAAGCUCCCUCAGCCCCCCUCUGCUGGGAGCGAGCACCACCUCCUUGCUCCGCAUCGGAACUUCCAGUGUGACCUGAUCUCCGAGGACAGCAGCGACAUCUACACGUACCCCAGCCCCCUUCACGCCGUGGCUCUGCAGAGCCCCCUGUUCUACCCGGUGGACGACGGGCCCCCCGUGGGCCGGAGCGGUGGUCUGCAGCCACGGGGGAUGCUUCUGUCCAACACCGGAGCAGUCGGCCCCAAGGAAGGAUCUUCGCCUCAGGCCACCGCUGGAGAGGGAGGGCCCGAACCAAGAGCAAGGGCCAUCAUGUCAGAGAAGGAGCGGGAACGGUGCGUCGUGGCCUCGCAGAAGGAGGCGGCUGCGAGGCCUGUUGGCAGCUGCAGGGCUGUAGGACCUCCAGCAGGAAGCACUGGAUUGAAGUCCCGGGGGGCUAAUGGUUGGCCCCCAAUCCCACCCCUAGGUUGGGAGGGGCUGGAGGCGGGGGCCGAUGUCCCGUUUGGGUUGGCAGUGCCCAGUAUUACUUCAGGGACUCGCUCAGGCCCCUUUGGUUCUGUGGGCCUCACCGGGCACGGUGGUCUGGAGCCCGGCAUUGACCCCCUGCGGAGGACUGGCUGGAGGCCAGCGGUCAGGCCAGGCAGGGGCAAGAGCGGGUUUGUGCCCACAGAGCCCCGGCUCCAGCUGCAGGUCAGCAAGGUCCAAGUGGCCAGAGCUGAGCGGAGGGUCAGUGGUGAGUCAACGUGGGCAGUUAAGAGACCUGGUGCUCGAGGGGUGAUAGCUGUGGCUGAGGAGAGUCCUGGCAGUGGGCGUGCAGCUGGCACAGGGGGCCUCCGAGCUCUGGGCCGCCAGGAGUUCCAGGGUCGGGCCCAGCGGCUGAGGGCAGGCAGGCACCGGGGUCCACGGGCAGGGCUGAGGGCACGGACCCCUCCUUGCUCCCACUCCCACCCCCGCAGUGAGUCAGAGGGCUCAGAGUAUUCAGCUGAAUGUGCCUCCCUAUUCCACUCCACCGUCGUCGAGAGCAGUGAGGGUGAGGGCAGCGAGUACACGGCUAACCGUUUCGGGGACAGCGAGUCGAGUGGGAGCGAGGGCCGAGGGCACAGGGUCGCCCUGGUCUGGCCUCGGGCCUCAGGCGGGCGGCAUCUCCCCGCAGAGGCCAGAGUUUGUCGUAUCAAGGCGUCGAAAGCUCUGAGGAAAAAGAUCCGGAGAUUCCAACCUGAAUCCUUAAAGGUUAUGACUAUGGUUUAGGGAGGUCUGGAGGGAAAGUAACCCUAGGCCUCCCCCCGUGGAGACCGGGCGCUGGGCCUGGGGCCUCCUCCCGUGGACAUGUCUUGACAAAAUAAGAGGUUACCUUUUUUAAAAGAGGAGAUGAUGAUCUGAUGGUAUUGUCGAUCGCUUACUAAUCCAGAGAUUGGGGUAACCUUCUGGGGUUUGGCUUCAAAAACAGAUAAUGGUAUUUGAACUCAAUAAAAAUAUUUAAUGAAGUGACUAAUGAUGACCAGGUCAGGAAAAUUCAUCUGGUUCUGUCCUUUUAGAGAAGGAAAUCUGCAUCCAUACCUGGUUCGGCCUACAUGUGACUCCAGACCUACAGGGACUUUGCGCAGUUAUGGAUGGGCAGUAAAUGCUGGUGGAUCCUUAUUCUGUGAAUAAAUUUUAAAAAGUGAGAGCAGUCUCUAGCUGUGAGCUGUAAAUGACCCCGGUGUGGCAGGGCUCCUGGGAUGAAUCACUCGGUGGGUCUAGUCUUAUGCGACUUGUCUUUGUACUCUGUGUAUAAUACCUUUUACUGUUGUAAGGAUGCAGUGUAACAAUAAAAAUAAAAAUAUUCCUUU